AUGGGAUUUCUCGGACGCUUGAAAUUUUUCGCCAAGUCGGUCGUUUUUGGUUCAUUGAUUGCAGCUUGUGCCCUCUAUGGUGUUUUUGCUAGUAUUGUCUUGAGGAUUAUUGGCAAAGGCGAAUAUGCACAGUACACAGUGGCUAGGGCUUUCUACUACUCCAUGAGGGCGCUCUUGGGAAUCAAAAUCACAAUUAAAAAUGAGCAUUACUUAAAGGAAAUGCCAUCGGUUGUCGUGGCAAACCAUCAGUCUGCUUUGGAUAUCUUCAUUUUGGGUAGAGUCUUUUUACCAGGCUAUACAGUUACGGCCAAAAAGGCCUUGAAGUAUGUGCCAUUUUUGGGCUGGUUCAUGAUGGCUUCUGGUACUUUUUUCUUGGACAGAGCCAAAGGUGACAAAGCCAGAAAAGUGUUGGAGGCUGCACUUGUCAGCUUGAAGAAAGAAAAGCGCCUGAUUUUCAUGUUCCCCGAGGGAACAAGGUCUGCCACCAAGAAAUUGGAAAUGGGUCCAUUUAAAAAGGGAGCAUUCCACUUAGCCAAGCAGGCCGAUAUUCCAGUUGUGCCCGUUGCCGUUUCGAACUACAGCCACAUUUUCCAGUCCCAAGACAAGGUGUUUAACCGAGGCGAGAUUAUCAUCGAGGUGUUGAAACCAAUGCCUACUUCGCUGUUGGCCACCAACGAAGAUGUCACCAAGUUUGCGUACAAUGUGAGUGAGAAGAUGCUCCAGUCUAUAGAAACAAUGGGAUACGCCCCAGCCUACGGUGAAACUCGGGUUGAGACUAGCCCAACUCAGUCGGACGUGUCAGACGUGAGUGUUGAAAUUGUCGACGAGGAAACGCCGUUGAUCUCACAGGACUAA